CCGACUAAAGACGUUCAAAAUUAUUAAAAAUACAAGAUAAUAUUUUAUUAGACAAUGAAAGAAACUGCAGCAGCAGUUGAAAUUAAAACAAAGCGAUUUGCAUUGCUUCCUAAGGUCAUAAACGGUGGAAUUGCUGGAAUUGUAGGCAUAACAUGUGUAUUCCCAUUGGAUUUAGUGAAGACACGAUUGCAAAAUCAAUCAGUUGGUCCAAAUGGUGAGAAAUUGUACAAAUCCAUGUUGGAUUGCUUCAGAAAGACUUACCGAGCAGAUGGAUUCUUGGGUAUGUACAGAGGAUCAGCGGUGACUGUACUAUUUGUGACACCCGAGAAAGCCGUUAAACUAGUUGCCAACGAUUUUUUCCGCCAUAAGUUUGCCACAAAAAAUGGAAAAUUGCCCGUCACCCAUCAGAUGGCCGCUGGAGCUUUGGCUGGUAUGUUCCAAAUUAGUGUUACAACUCCGAUGGAAUUGCUGAAAAUUCAAUUGCAAGAUACACGAAAACAAUCGGUCAAAUCGAAAACAAUAGAGAAACCUUCGGCAACCAAAAUUGCUCUAGAAUUGUUGCGGAAAAAAGGCAUUUUCGGACAGUACAAAGGGAUCGGAGCGACUGCUUGUAGAGAUAUCUUUUUCUCAAUCAUUUAUUUCCCAUUGUUUGCCACAUUAAAUCAAUUUGGACCGCGAAAAAGUAACCGCAGUAACGAUGCCGCAUUUUUCGUAUCGUUUGCGUCUGGUUGUGCCGCAGGUUCAUUGGCUGCAUUAAGCGUAACGCCAUUUGAUGUGGUCAAAACCAGACUUCAAAUACUUAAUAGAGCUGAAGGGGAAAUACAGUACAAUGGAAUCAUAGAUUGUAUGAGGAAGACACUGAGGUACGAAGCACCGACAGCAUUUUUCAAGGGUGGCCUUUGUCGCAUGAUGGUCAUCGCACCGCUUUUUGGCAUCGUGCAAAUGGUUUAUUUCUUUAGUGUAGCAGAGAAUUUGUUUGGAAUUUAAAAACAAUACAAUUUACAUUGAAAGUAAUUUAUUGCUCCAAAGU